AUGGUCUCCUUGAGAGGACAGACUGCUUUGAUUACCGGUGCCUCCAUGGGCAUCGGGGAAGCUGUUGCAUUAGCACUCGCGAAUGUUGGAGCCAAUCUGGUUCUUUUGUCGAGAAGCAAGGAUAAACUGGAGACGGUUCGCGAGAAAAUUAUGAAACAACAUCCCGACGUGAAGAUCGGGACCUAUCCAGUAGAUAUCCAAGACUAUUCGCUGGUUGAUGCAGCCAUCGAGUCCGCCAUCUCUGAGAUUGGACACAUUGAUAUUCUGAUUAACAAUGCUGGUCUUGCCCUUGGUGCCCCAGCUCGCUUCUGGGAGCUUCCCGUUGAACUGAUCCGGCAGAUGAAUGGCACAAAUAUCUCCGGCUUAAUGUACACCACAUACUUUGUCCUGAACAAAUGCAUGUGGCCGCGUAAGCAGGGCACUAUAAUCAACGUAUCCUCGGUUACAGGGCUUGAGUGCCCCCCCUUUGACGGGGAGACUGUCUACCACGCCAACAAAGCUUGCAUAGAAGGCUUUAGUAACAGCCUCCGAAUGGAAACCGCAGGGUCGAAUAUCCGAGUCUUGGUUCUACGGCCAGGUUGUGUUGCCACGCACUUCCAUUUGCAACGAGUCAAAUAUAACCAGGACGCGAUGGAUGAGUUUUUUUACGGAUAUGACCCUUUGGCAGCGGAUGAUCUUGCUGAUGCUGUGCUGUAUAUGCUCAGCCGCCCUGAAAGGAUAUCUGUCAAGGCUUUGGACUGUGUUCCUACCGCGCAGCGUGCCUUGACCCGCUUCGAUCGUGACUGGAAUGACCGCAAUAAAGGUUGUUAG